AUGACAGCACUGGCAGGAGGGUUAACGAGGAUGAUGAGACCCGGUCCACACCAGAAUUACGCACGGGGAGGCUAUUCAUUGGAGGUGUCCACUCCUCUAGGCCAGGGUCGGGUCAACCAGCUCGGCGGCGUGUUCAUCAACGGCCGGCCUUUGCCCAACCACAUCCGGCACAAGAUCGUCGAAAUGGCCCAUCACGGCGUUCGGCCCUGCGUCAUCUCCCGCCAGCUGAGGGUUUCUCACGGAUGCGUGUCCAAAAUCUUGUGUCGGUACCAGGAGACCGGAUCCAUUCGGCCCGGGGCCAUUGGAGGGAGCAAACCAAAGCAAAGUGCGUCUCCUGAAUUGGAUAAGAAGAUUGAAGAGUACAAGAGAGAAAACCCCGGAAUGUUCAGCUGGGAAAUCAGGGACAAGCUACUAAAAGAUGGCAUCUGUGACCGAAACAACGUUCCCUCGGUGAGCGCCAUCAGUCGCAUUAUGAGAUCCAAAUUCGGUGGCGUGGGCGACGAUGAUGAGGAUGGUGACGAGGUCGUGAAAAGGGAGAUGGAAGAAAACGAAUCCAGGACUAAACACAGCAUCGACGGUAUCCUGGGUGAUAGAUCCAGUCACUCAGACGAGGGAUCCGACGUAGACUCUGAGCCGGGCCUGCCCCUCAAGAGGAAGCAGAGGCGUAGUCGGACGACCUUCACAGCGGAGCAGCUGGAGGAGCUGGAGCGGGCUUUUGAGCGCACGCACUAUCCCGACAUCUACACACGGGAGGAACUAGCUCAGAGAGCCAAACUGACCGAAGCUCGCGUUCAGGUGUGGUUCAGCAACAGAAGAGCCCGGUGGAGGAAGCAAGCAGGAGCCAAUCAGCUGAUGGCUUUCAACCACCUCAUCCCAGGCGGUUUCCCUCCGUCCGCCAUGUCGGGCCUACAGCCCUAUCAGCUACCCGAAAGCCCAUAUCCCGCAACUUCUAUUGCUCAAGCCGCUGAGCAGUCCAGCACAGUCCAUCGACCACAGCCUCUGCCGCCCACUUCGGUGCAUCAGAGCGGGCUCAACUCAUCGUCCGCCACUCAGGACGGAGGUUCGGCGUAUUGCCUGUCUUCCGCACGUCACGGCUUCUCAGGAUACUCGGACGGUUUCGUCGCCCCGUCCGGACACACCAAUACCGUCAACCCCGCUGCCAUUGGCAACAGCCUCUCACCUCAGGUGAUGGGCCUUUUGAACCCAGGCGGAGUGCCUCAUCAGCCACAGAGUGACUUCGCUCUCUCCCCUUUGACCGGAGGCUUGGAGCCUAAUGCCAGUAUGGCUGCCAGUUGUCAUGGCUCCCAGCGACUGGAAGCCUUACCCGGUCUGACCGGCAUGCCCACCCUGCCGAGCACACAGUCUUACUGCCCACCCUCUUACACCUCGCCAGCAUACGCCGUCGACCACCAUCCGUCGUACCAGUAUGGACAGUACAGUCAGAGCAAGGUGCCUUUCAUUAUUUAA